GGCGUACAAAACAUAAUGAAUAUCUACUUGGAAUGUCCGAAUACUUUGUUGGAAUUCGACAGCGCUCGACUAAUCAAGAAACUUACACAAACAUUGCAACGCACAGAAAUCCUUCCCUCGCGGCAGGUUGAAGCCAUCUGCCAUUACAAAGACUACGUCGAGGUGCAUGACUCCGCGCAGCACGUCCAUACAACUGAAGCUGUUAUCUUGGCAAUUCCCUUGAACAAUUUGCAGCAUAUAAAUAUCUCCCCACCAGUACCCAUGGAAAUACGCAAAGUGAUUACCCAAAAAUCGGAUGCCGCGAAAUACGUAACCAGCUUCAUAGCGUGUUACACCGAUGGUCACUGGCGGAAGGCUGGAUACUCAGGCGAUUUCUUAAAAAAUGAACCAUUCAUAGUGGGCCACGAGUACCGGCCUAGCGUUUAUGUGGGCAUGACGAUGCAUGAUAGUGCCAUAGACUCAUUGGUUCGAGCAACUGUGUUGAAUGCUUUAGCCCAACACUUCGGUGAAGAGAUGAAAGCGCCAAUCAGCUACAGUCAGCACACAUUCCUACUAAGCGCGAUGGGGCAUGUGCCCUUCACCACGCCCUGGAAUCGCAUCAUAUGGUCGUCAUCAGCCGCUGCGGCUACCUGUUAUCGUGGCUUCUUAGGUGGUGCAGUGCAAAGUGGACUACGGGCAGCAAUGAAUGCGCUGCUACUAGUGAGACCGCAAAAAGUUACAUGGAUGGAUGUCGCCGACUUACAUUGCCAAAAUUGUCCAAACAUUAAAGAUGUUGGUAUGCUACAGUUAUGGAUGAGUGGACUCAAUCUCUACAACGUCGGCUACUAUACCUUGUACGCGUCGAGCGUGUUGGUAGCGUUGCAGCUCGCCUACCAAAGGUUUAACUAAAAUGCUAAUUGAACAUCUUUACACAUAAUAAAUAUCUACUACGGCCGAUAGGACGAUUUACUUGGAUAAGG